GUCCGAGCCCAUGUGGCCCAUACAAGAACCGCCCAACACCAACGGAACGGAGAGUUUCUGUUCAGAGUGUAAUGUGUAUGACCCUCUCCCGUAUUACUAAGAACCAUACAUCUCUGGAAAUGAUAAGUUACUGAUAAAUCACAGCGAUAUUAAAGCGGACUUGUGCAAUGACUACUAAUAUGACUUCAUAACUCUCUCUGCUUCUCAAACAUCCCCUUUCAUGAGCCGGCCAAGACAUCCUUUUGUUCAUGGCGUUGUUCCUCCAUUUUCAUGCCUCUUUUGUUUAGAUUUUGGUUGUUAAUUGUGGUGACUUUGUUUGAGUUGUGUGUGAAGAAAAGUGGGAUUUUUCUAGUGGCCGCCGACAGUUGCUGAUCUUAAGAUUCAAUCUUUGGUUUCUUGGUGCAAUUCCUGUCCAAAUGUUCUGUUUCCAAUGCUCUAUUCCGGUUGACCAGCACAUAGAGAUGGCCAAAUCUGUGAAUUCUGGUGACCCUUGUUUGAAGCUAAGGCAAAUCAAUCAGUUCAAGAAUAGAAGGGCUUCCACUUCCCCCAAUCACUUGAACGUUCCGGCUUGUGAUCAGUCUCGUUCUGCUAUCAUCGAUGUGAUAAUCUUGAUUGCUGUGAUUGGUGCCUGUGGGUUCUUGCUAUAUCCUUACGCCAAGAUUUUAGCUCAUAAGGCUAUUGAACUUACUGGAGAAGUUGUAGACGUGGUGAUUGAGGAAAUUGUUCGUGCCCCGAUGGUGUUUGGAUGCUUAGGACUUAGCAUUUUUUUUGCAGUAAUGGCCCUAGUGGCGAUCAUUGUAUGUACAGACAGGAGAUGUGGGAAAACGGGCUGCCGUGGGCUCGGUAAGGCUGCUGAAUUCGAUAUACAAUUGGAGACAGAGGAUUGUGUCAAGAACUCGAAUUUCCAAGCCAAGAGUGCAUUGAAGAAGGGGCUUUUUGAAUUGCCUCGUGAUCACCAUAGGGAACUCGAGGCAGAGCUGAAGAAGAUGGCGCCACCUAAUGGCAGGGCUGUUCUGGUGUUCCGUGCAAGGUGUGGUUGCUCUGUUGGCAGAUUGGAGGUUCCGGGGCCAAGAAAAUCCCGAAAGGUUAAGAAGUAGUAGCCUAUAUGAUCUUGCUUUUUCUUCUCUCUAUAAGCUUAUAUGAUAUACUGAAUUAGCCAUAGUGAUGAGCAGAUCCCUUUCCAUGUUAAGGUUCAUUGUAGAUUCGAAUAAGCUCAUUGGAAUAAGUUAUCCGAACGACAUACAUACACUGGUUAUUUGAAGAAUAUGGUGUUCCUUUUCUCAUUA